CAAAACGUUCGAAGCGCCUUGUAAUUGCUUUACAAGUUUUUUCAACUCUGCAGCAUCCGACAUAACUGUGGUAUGAAUCUAUCUAACUACACAGAAUCAGUUUACACUACUCGUUUAACUCUUUACAAUGAUGAGAGACCAAGAACAAUGAUCAUAGGACAUUCAGUGUUCGUGCUCUCGCAGUAGGCGCAGUUUCUCACGAUCACUCUCUUCGUUCGAUACAGCGACAACGUCCAAAGCUUUGUUCUCCACAACACGCGAUAUAUGACCACAUACGCGCUUCCCCCAUUGGAACCUCAACUCCGGCGUAAUGCUAAACGAACUCGUGCCGUCUUCGCCUCAUGCCCCGAUGACAGCAUAACAGACGAAGAAAGAAGUGUCCGCCUACGCCUAGCUGUGAAGAUUAAUGAUGAAUUUCGACAAUUUAAAGAACUUCCCCCAGCCCUGUUGUCUCAGCAGGGUGCAAUUGGACCAGCUCGACCAAAAGAAACUAGAAAAAUGAUUACAGCUAAUGGAGAUGCAGAAACUUCACGCAUGAUUGCUAAAAUCGACAAUACCCCCGUUGCCCAACCAUCCACAUUCUCUUCUACCAAACUUUCGCAUGCUCUUGCACUCCACAAGACGACGCGAACAAUAAAGCCGACAUACCAUCCACCAUGGAAACUUGUUCGUGUUAUAUCCGGUCAUCUUGGUUGGGUUCGCAGUGUAGCAGUUGAACCUGGAAACAAGUGGUUUGCUACCGGUGCUGGCGACCGAGUUAUAAAAAUAUGGGACCUUGCCUCCGGAGAACUGAAACUCUCUCUGACGGGUCACAUCUCAACAGUGAGAGGGCUUGCUGUGUCUCCGCGACAUCCGUACUUAUUCUCAUGUGGUGAAGACAAAAUGGUCAAAUGCUGGGAUCUGGAGUCGAAUAAAGUCAUACGGCACUAUCAUGGUCAUCUCUCGGGCGUUUAUGCAAUGGAUUUACAUCCAACGCUGGACGUUCUAGUGACUUGUGGACGAGAUGCUUCUGCUCGAGUUUGGGAUAUGCGCACCAAAGCCAAUAUUCACACUUUGACCGGGCACGGCGGCACAGUAGCAGACGUGAAAUGUCAAGAAUCGGACCCCCAGGUCAUCACGGGAAGCAUGGACUCGACCGUUAGGCUAUGGGAUCUUGCGGCGGGGAAGACCAUGGUGACCUUAACUCAUCAUAAAAAGUCGGUCCGAGCUUUAGCGAUACAUCCUACCGAAUAUUCUUUUGCAAGUGGAUCUGCGGGAGGGAAUAAUAUCAAGAAAUGGAAGUGUCCCGAAGGCUCGUUCGUUUUUAAUUUCAGUGGUCAUAACGCCAUUAUCAACACACUCUCUGUGAAUGCCGAAGGUGUAUUCUUCUCUGGAGGUGACAAUGGGACAUUGACCUUCUGGGACUACAAUACCGGCACACCGUUCCAGAACUUAGACGACGUGCCACAGCCAGGUUCUCUCGAAGCUGAAGCGGGUGUAUUCUGUUCUACAUUCGACAUGACUGGCACCCGGUUGAUCACCGGCGGUGCUGAUAAAACGAUCAAGGUUUAUGCGGAGCAAUCACGAUAAAUAGUGGUAACCUACAGUGGUGAUUGUACUACCAUAUAUACUUUGUAGCUGUAUCCUAUUUCUUGACACCGUGAUAGGCUUGCUCUCACUUCAUUCAGCUGCGUCACUGAGAUUUCUCGUGGUCUGA